CCUAUAUUCUGUAGUCUAUGGUUAGGUGCUGCCAAUUUUAAAAAUAAACUAUUAUUUGGUUGCCAAGGUUUCUGCUAGAACGAUUUGUUUAGUUGAAGAAGAUUAUUUAUUGAAUAAUUUUCAAGAUGACCACGGAAGUUAUUGUAGAAGACCCCAUAAUAGAUGCUGAGGCAGAACCCGAAGAACAAGAAAUUACUGUUUGUGCACGUCUAGUUUUAACUAAGGAGCAGAAAAAUGAUCUUCACCAAGCGUUCAAUCUGCUAGAUUAUAAUGGCGAAGGAAAGAUUAAGGCUGAAGACUUUCGAGUGGCUAUCAAAGCUCUAGGCUACGAACCAACGAAAGAAGAACUUCAGAAAAUGAUUAAUGGCGUAGACAAGGGUAAUACUGGUAAACUGAGUUUUGAAAAUUUCGAAACGGCUAUCAUGAGAAAGAUAAUGUCGCUGGAUAGCGAUGGGGAUAUUAUGAAGAGUUUUAGACUAUUCGACAUGGAUGAUUGUGGCUUUAUAAAUUUUGAAAAUGUGAAACGGGUUACGCAAAUCUUAGAUAUUUAUUUAUCGGAUCAAGAAAUAGAAGAAAUGAUUGACGAUGCAGAUAAGGAUUUUGAUGGACUUAUAUCUGUUCAAGAAUUUAUGAGAAUGAUCAAGAAUUCUGUGGAUAUUGUUACUCCCUAAACUUUAGUAAUACGUAGCGGAUUACAUUUUAUUUAACAUGAAAAUUUAAAUAGAAUAAACAUAAUUAUUUACUUCA